UUUGUAACUCCGUCAAAAUUACCAAUCUAAAGGCACCGGAUGUCGUUGUGAUAAAUGAGAAUAACCAGGAACCAAUUGUGUUAGAUUGUGAAUACGAAAUUGGUCCAAAUGAGAAGGGAUUUGUACUUAAGUGGCUGUUGGAUGGGAGUCCCAUUUAUCAGUGGAUUCCGUCAAGAGCGCCAUUUGCAUUGCGCUCCUUCAAAGAUCGCGUCAACGUGAGCUACGAAGCCUCCACAGAACGCAACUACAAACAUCGAGCACUUGCCAUCACACGUCCCCUAUGGAACUUCACCGGAGAAUAUUUGUGCAACGUGCAAACGUACGAAUCGAAUGACAAAAGAUCGAGAAAGAUUCAAUUUAUCCAGCCGGAAACGAAAUUUGACGUUAGCUUUGACAAUGUCGACGAUGAGGUGGCUAUCAUGAGGUGUAGCGCACACGGAAUUGCCCCCAAGCCGAAUGUAACUUUAUACGUUGAUAGCAUCAAACAAACGGACGUCACGGAGAACACAGAACAGACAGAUGAUAAUUUAUUUGAUGUCGUUGUACACACAAAAAUAUUCCGGAGCGUACUGAAGGAGGGAUCAUCUAUUCACUGCGAACUGACAAUUCCGGGAACCAAUUAUGUCCAAACCAAAGAUAUUUCCUAUUCAAGAUUGAUUCGUCCAUCAUCAACUACUACCACUACUACUACUUCUACGCAAAAAACAGAUGUUGAGGAAAAAAUUAGCACAAUUUCGCAAUUUGCCGAUCGUGAAAAGUUGCGUAACGAGGAUAGCUCAAGUACCAAACUGUCAACGCCAGCUACAAUCAUGAUUUCCAUAGUAAUGUUUCUCAUUUCAAAGCUUUAAUACGAGAUCACCAAAGAACCACAACACGAUAAACUAUUUUACGGUAAGCUAGUAACAAACUAAUACAACUAACAACUAACUACGAAAGAAGAAAAAAAAGUUUUAACUUUGGAUUUUUUAUAAAAAAAAAUGUAACAAGAGAAAAAAUUACAAAAAAAAAAAGAUUUUAAAAGAAGAAAAAUGUUUGAAAGUUACUAACCUA